CAGCAACAAUACCUACUCAGGUAUACGGCUGCGUCGAGGCUACUGCAGGCUGGACAACUUCCGGCCCAGACUCCAUCAUGGCGGCCAUUUCACUGGCCGCUCGAUCAGAUGCUCUUACAUGUCCAGCUCGGCCAGGUUCUCGUCCUGUCCCUCAUCAGCCGCGAUCACAGCGCCCGAAACAGAAUUACUUGCCUGCAUAUGCAAGAUCGACGCUCUCGUCCCGUCGUCCCCUGUCUAUCAUGUUCCUCGGUGAGCUUUUACUGGUGGGUGCUCUUCAGUGAGAUUCUUCUCGAAAUCUCCCACAUUGGCCGGGUCGCACAUUGUGAUGAUUGCCAAUAUCAUUCUUAUCAAAAAUCCGUCGAAUUACCUACUUAAGGUGGGAUUGAGGCGCAACCCCAUCAUAUGUCCACGUUUCCACCUCCGAAAGGCCCCUGACCAGCUAGUAACAAGUGGCGGCCCGGGACUGACUGAAGUCGUUGACCACGGCUGGGCCCGAACGAACGAAGCACGACCUACCGUGAAUUCCCCAUUCAGAGGGACAAUUUGGCCAUUUGUUAAAGCAGAUUGGACGCCCACGUCCUCUAGUUGUUCCUAGCGUCAUGUACCUGCGUUCACGAUUGAGCGUACUCCAUGCGCACUGCAGGCCCGCUCAUCGUAGCGGAUGGCUCUUCGUCGAUGCAUCCGGAGAACUCUGAAAUGUAGGCUUCUGGUGUCUUCUGAACGCUGAAACCACCCCGUCGAAGCAUCCUCUCCCCACCGUCGGAGACUGCAGGAGGGACACGUUAUGAACGCCAUUCCGUUGGUGCGUUCGUGGAAGCACGAUCGGAGCUUAUUGACCUUGUCGACUCCAACCUGUUGCCGCUGUCUCAUAAGGUGGAGAGCCCAUAUACAACUCAAGACGCCAUUUGCAAACCCAAGCAAGUGGUACGACUCGGCCGUUUCAAGGGAUCAAAGUAGGCUCCCGGAAUUUCUGCACGCGGGAGAACAGAGUUGAGAGCAGACUGACCCAUUCAGACCAAUUGAGGCCACUUCCUAUUAACUCGAAGGUAACGAUGGCUGGGAAGAUGGCCGUAGCAUGGCCAGUCGUUGGCAUGUGGUGGUCGUUGGUGUGCAAGUUUGCAAAUCCGCCCGAGCUAGCGGGCGGAACAGAGCUGAGGUGAUCCUGGUCAAAGGACUGUUCUGCGUUUGAAUUGGCCGGUGGCAGUGGAUAUUCCUGUGGCACUCUGUGAAAACAUCCCUGCUACACCAGCUCAUUGGGCACAAAGCCUCCAGAUGGCUAUCGCCCAGCAUCAUGUGACAAAGGGUGGUGUCCGCCACCUUUCUCGACCGGAAUCAUGAACAGGAAACCUACAAGUUCCAGCAGCCGCCGAGUAUCGCCUCCGAUCCGUCUGCUGCAUGUUUCAGGCAGAGUAAACCAGACGAUGACGAAGCCAACGCCGAUACUGAUCAAUAUGCGAGCCGACGAAGAUCCCAAAUGGAGCACGGCGACCAGGCGCAGGACUAGCAACGGCGGACGCGAUGUUUUCCCAAGCAAGUGUGAACUUGAACCGCAUGCGACGCCCAAAGUUGGCCAACGCUGCAGGGCCGGUGGCUGCGAUUGCCAGUGCCUUUGUGGCUUUGAAGGUGGAUGUGGACGUGGCUGUGGCUGUGUAAAAACCCCGCCAAGAGGCGGCUGCGGCCCCAAACUUGCCCUUGAACAGCUGAACUUCCGGUUCGACUGAAUUCCUACCUAACCUACGUUGGCCGGAGACGCCGUUGCAGUGACAAUGCGAUCGUCCUUACCAAACCCCGCAACUUCUGCUCCCAGAGCACGUUUCUGGCAGUGUCCCUGGAGAUGCCUUCUUCUCUGAUGCCAUGAAGCAUAAACAGAUCCGGGAGUAUUCGACGCCGAUGCACUUGUUUCCGAGCGGUCCCGAUUAAUGCCCUUCUCCUGUCAAAUGCCUGUGUGCAGACGAAUCCCAGCGGCUACGGCUGCAACUCCGUUUAACUGUCUAGAUUACCUCUUUCUUGCGAGUCUCAGCGUUAAUGACCUGAUGUCGGCCACCUCGGAUCAUCGAUGUCAUUUGGAAACACGGAUAGGGGGCAGGGACACCUUCGAUGAGUACCAACGCGCGUCCCCGUGGCGCUACAUAUACCGGUUGGGUGCAGAGCAUGACUAGUACUGUCCGACUUAUCAUGGCCGGCGGGUGCACAAGAGGACGCAGCGGUUCGUGCUCGAUCAAGUCGACCACCGCAUAACAGAAAUCACGCUGUAUAGCCGGCGAUUAUCAUGCCAAUUCGGGUCAAACCAUCCGGGAUUGGUCGUACGCCUGACGUACAUGCAGUGCUUCCUGGUAGCCUUCAACUGUCAUUCGUGAAGGGGGACAAGGUGAUUUGGGGCUCAAUGUUCCGUGCCAAAAGCGGCCAUCGUGAAAAUCCUUUGCUUGAACAUCAACAGCUCUCCAUAUAUAGAAGUUGGUGUGCUGUAGAUAAUUACCCCAGCAGCGAGGUUUCAGCGAUUCAAUCGCAAGCAGACCGCAGUCCAUGGGCAGUGUGCGCGCUCGCGUGGAUUAUUGAGUACCGCUGAUGGCUGUCAUUCCCCUCAUCGUCGUGAUACUCGGAGCGCUCUGGUUAACCGCCGUGCAGCACAUUAUGCGCUGAGACGGCUUUACAGGUGGGUUGAGGUACGCUGGAAAGGAUACUAAUCCCCGUGUUCAAUCUUCGUGAAGCCACCGCUGCAAGCGAACGUGGAAGCCAACAUUGAACCCUUUUCAGAGUAUAAGACAGCCUUGCGACGUUCAGAGGUAGGCCAGGUGGAUGGAAAGAAUGACAAAGCUCAGGCCGGCCGGGCCAAAGUACAUUGGCAGGCGAUAUACAAGUUAUUUUUAGAAGCUGAGGUAAGCCUCAAAAAAACUCCAAAAAGGGCCUCAGGCAUGGC